AUGGAACCACUGUCAUCUGCUACCUGGGCCAAUUCAGUAGCCUACUACAACGGUCGUGUUUACACCGUUAAUGAAAUGCAGGAAUGGACAGAAGGCUUCAUUGUCAACGAGACCGGGGUCUUCGAAGCCGUUGGCUCCAGCCAAGACAUACUUGCCAUUGCUGACAAGCGCAAGCUUGUUCGGUUUGACCUCCGGCAAAAGUUCAUCAUGCCAGGCAUUCACGACGCUCACGCGCACAUGUACUUUGCUGGUUUGGCUCAAAUGAGUGAAGCUACACUGGAGCUUGAACCAAACGACGCCAAGAUUGCGGAGAAGAUUCAAAAAGGCCACUGCAUGUGUUCUCACACCGGAGAGAGGCGCGAUUGGAUUCUCGGCAAUUCCUAUCUCCCAAUUCAUUUCCCCGACAACGUUCCGGAUCGUCGUUAUCUCGAUGAGAUUUUCCCUGAUCGACCGGUCCUGAUCCGCGAACUCUCAGUACAUAGCAUGUUGCUUAACACGACGGCCUUAGAACGGCUCAAUAUUAAUGACGGUACACCAGACCCCCCGGGCGGUCGCUAUGUACGUCGAGCUGAUGGAACUUUGAGUGGCGAACUUUAUGAGAGCGCCAUGGAAAAGGUCUGGAAUGCAGUUCCUUUCCCACCUAUGUCUCACUACAAACGAGCGCUGAGCCACGCUGUGUCCAUCUGCCACUCAUACGGCAUCACGUCUGCUCAAGAGGCCACUGCCAGCACCAUGGAACUGCAUGCCUUCAGAGAGCUUGAAGCUGAGAACCGUCUGGACUUUGAUAUCUACACACAUAUCGUCAGUGCCCCUGGUUCUGCUGUAGGAGAAUCUGAAGAUAGCCUUGCCGCUCAGAUCAGCAUCGCUGAAGGGUUUCGAACGAAGCAUAUCCAUCCGCACUUUGUCAAAUUUAUCCUGGAUGGUCUAUAUGACGCCAAGGGCUAUACUUGUAAGGUCCACGCUGCAGGUGAAGGAAGUGCUAGACUGGCUCUGGACAUCCUGGAACAAGUCCGAGCGCUGAAUCCGAAUGGUCCGAGACAUGAGGUAGCCCACUGCAAUUCUGUCCACGCAGACGAUGUGAAGCGAUUUGCGCCAUUGAGGGUGACCGCCGAGAUGUCUCCAGCAAUUUUCCAUAAUGAAGAUAUGAUCAAAGCGAAUCCCAAGUUCUUCAACUGGGACUUUGUUGGGAUGCACAAGACCGGAGCCCUGACUACCAUAGGUUCGGAUUGGGUGGUUGUGCCCACUCCCAACGUGCUACCUUCAGUAGCUUGUCUCGCUGAGCCCAUUGGUGCCGGGAUUAAAACAGAUGUAGAUGACGGCCUAACAGACUUGCAAAGGGGAAGCCGAGUGAUCAUCCGCAUGCUGACCCUUGGCGGCGCCGAAGCCGUUGACUCAAAGCGCUCAGCUGGUAGCAUUGAGGUUGGUAAGAAGGCCAACUUCAUUGCUCUGGAUAGUGACCUUAGCGAAGGCGAGUUUGCUAAUGCCACUUGCCUCCAGACAUGGUUUGAAGGACGACGCUGCAUCGCUGAGCUUAGGCUUUUCGUUCAAAGGACUGUUAGACUUGAUCUGAAUAAUGGGUCGGACAAAGACAAGGGUAUUAAUAUAUUUUAUUUUCCUUUUUCUAGUCCUAGAACCCUGUAA